UGCUUAGCCGGCGCGUGAAAAUUUUGUUUACGUUUUAGAAAAAUGCAAUAACAAUAAUACACAAUGGAUACUCAAAUAAUAGAAGCUGUAAAUGAUUUUUUGAAAGUCGACUCCAUUGAUGAGGCCUUUGUUAGCGUCAUUGUUUUCAAGCCGCAGGAUGAUAAAACAAGCAAUUUUACCAACAAUUUGAUUACUGCUUUUGGUAAUGUGGAAAAUCGCGAUCAUGUAUUGCGCUUGUACUUGCUGCGCACUGCCGAAGCCUCCAACUAUCAUAUGCAGGUGUUAAUGGGCAUACUGCCCAAACUGGUGGAUGCGCAUCUUAUAACAGCGCGACUGCUUUGCGACAAAGUCUUAUCCUGCGAGAAGCUGGACUAUGAACGCAAAGCCUUUUGGAUUGAAAGCUUUCGCUUGAUCAAGAAGGUUAUAGCGCAGGUGGACUACAAGGGCGUGCGUGAGAUUAUGAAAGCUUGCCGCGAUAAGGCGCAGUGGUUUCCCUUGAGCCUCAAUGUAACCUAUUUACCGCAAUUGCUGGCGCUGGAGGAGAUUAUACGCUUUAUAUUCGAUCGCAACAAUUGCCUGCUGCCAGCUUAUUUUAUAGCAAACGAAAUUAUGCGUCCACUGCCGUAUCACUGGAAGUUGAACAAGCUAAUGACAGACUUUGUGGAGGAAUUUCGCACCACAGCGCAAAUGGUGUCGAUUAUAGGUCAUGCCAAUAUGUUGCCCAUAGUGGAGCACUUUGGCUAUGCGGAUCAUUUGAUGAAUAGCUGGCGCUUGGAUCACAAUACACUUAAAUUUAACUUUAAGGGCAGUUUGCCUUAUGAACCGGAGCUGCUUGAGGCACAAACGCCACUGCUGCGCUAUGUGCUGGAGCAGCCAUAUUCACGUGAGAUGGUGUCGGUGAUGCUGAAUCUGCAGAAGCAUCAAAAGCAACGCUAUAAUGCGCUAGAAGAUCAGCUGGUUAAUUUGAUAAUACAUGCCAUGGAGAUGACAGAAUCAAAUGAUGCCACUGCUGGCAGUGGAUUUAAUGCCUCCGAUGAGCAGAUUACACCAAAUGAAUGGGUGUGGCUGCAUCUAAGCUCACAGUUAAUUUACUUUGUGCUAUUUCAGUUUGUUAGCUUUACGCAUAUUGUGUUGGCGUUGCAUGAGAAGCUAACCAAGCUAGAGUUGCGCAAAGGACGUGAUCAGCUUAUGUGGAUACUGCUGCAGUUCAUUUCGGGCAGCAUACAAAAGAAUCCCAUUACCAACUUCUUGCCUGUGUUUAGACUAUUUGACUUGCUUUAUCCCGAGCAGGAGCCGCUGAAGCUGCCUGAUUAUAAUAAAUCCUCUAUGGUGCGUAGCAUGGCGCCCAUAUGCAUUUGGAUACAUUUAAUGAAAAAGGCGCGCAAUGAGAAUAUGAAUAUAACAAGACCGCUGCCAAUUGCUUUAAAGAAUCAUAAUGACUUUCUGCAACAUUUGGUAGCACCCAAUAGUAUUAUGAACAUAGCUCAAAGCAAUGAUUUUCGCAUUAUACUCAUAUGCAAUGCUUAUUCCACCAAUCAUGACUAUUUUGCACGACAUAUGAAUAUAUUGCUGGAUAAUAUGAAUGGCAAAUCAGCGAAUGGCGCACAAAUACCAGCGGUCACCUACUCUGUAACUGUAUUGGAUAGCCUAACGGUGCAUAGCAAGAUGAGCUUAAUACACAGCUUUGUUACACAAAUGUUGAAGCAGGCGCAGAGCAAGACGCUGGUGCCGUCGCCAGCUUUAGUUGAAACAUAUGCUAGACUGCUGGUCUAUACAGAGAUAGAGUCGCUGGGCAUCAAGGGCUUUCUAUCACAACUAAUACCCACGGUGUUUAAGAAUCAUGCAUGGGGCUUAAUGCACACAUUAAUGGAAAUGUUUUCGUAUCGUUUGCAUCAUGUGCCCACACAUUAUCGCGUGCAGCUGCUGUCGCUGCUAUAUUCGCUUUCCACAGUGCCGCAAACCAACAAAAUGCAGCUCAAUCUAUGCUUUGAAUCCACUGCCUUGCGUCUUAUUACGAGCAUUGGCUCAGCUGAGUUUCAAUCACAAUUCUCACGCUUUCUCAAUGACAAGUCCGCUGCCAGCGCUGCUUCCAAUGAAAGCGAGGAGCUUAAUCGCGUGCUCAUCUUAACUUUGGCACGUUCUAUGCAUGUACAUGGCGGCGGCGAUGAGUUAGCUGGCUGGUGCAAAGACUUCUUGGCCAACAUAAUGCAGCAUACGCCACAUUCUUGGUCUAUGCAUUCCUUGGCUUGCUUUCCACCAGCUUUGAAGGAAUAUUUUACGCAAAACAAUCAUCCGGCGGAGAAUAAGCAGCAGCUGAAGAAAUCUGUAGAAGAGGAAUAUCUUAACUGGACCUCCAUGUCGAAUGAGAAUGACAUUAUAGCGCAUUUUAUACGCCCGAAUACAAAUCCUUUGUUUCUAUGCCUGCUCUUCAAGAUUAUAUGGGAAACGGAGAACAUUAGUCCAGUGGCUUACAAAAUACUGGAAGGCAUUAGCGCACGCGCUUUGUCCACGCAUUUGCGCAAGUUCUGCGAUUAUUUGGUAGCUGAGGUGCCCAGCUCUUCGGAUGGUCGUGAUAUACACAAAUGUGUGGAUACCAUUAAUAGCAUGAUAUGGAAAUUCAAUGUAGUUACCAUAGAUCGUUUGGUGCUUUGCUUGGCCUUGCGUACGCAUGAGGGCAAUGAGGCACAAGUUUGUUUUCUUAUAAUACAAUUGCUGCUGCUUAAGGCCUCGGAGUUGCGCAAUCGUGUGCAGGAAUUUUGCAAGGAUAACAAUCCGGAUCAUUGGAAGCAAAACAAUUGGCAUGAAAAGCAUUUAUCAUUUCAUCAAAAAUAUCCGGAGAAGUUUGCACCAGAUGAGUCUGCAUCACAAAUUCCAUUGCCUGUUUACUUCAGCAAUGUUUGUCUACGUUUUCUACCUGUGCUUGAUGUUGUUGUGCAUCGUUUUAUAGAGCUAACCAUACCCAAUGUGCAUCAGAUUUUGGGUUAUAUAUUAGAUCAUCUAAGCAUACUUUAUAAAUUUCAUGAUCGUCCUAUUACCUAUUUAUAUAAUACGCUGCAUUAUUAUGAGCGCAUUCUACGCGAUCGUUUGCCCUUAAAAAAGAAGCUGGUGAAUACAAUAACCAGCGCUUUUAGUGAAAUACGUCCAGCUAAUUGGAGUGUCAGUGAGCCCUACUUGGCGUAUUUGCAAAGUCAGGAUACGCUUUGGACGCCUGAGCUAAGCUACUAUAUGAAUCUUAUACGCAGAUUAGCCGACACUAUAAGCGGCAAGCAUGUGUUCUAUUCCACCGAUUGGCGUUACAAUGAGUUUCCCAAUGCGCCCACGCAUGCGCUGUAUAUAACCUGCGUGGAGCUGUUGGGUUUACCGCUGGCGCCUGCUGUGGUUGCUGGCAAUAUUAUAGAUGUUAUUGUAACUGGCUAUGCGGUGAUACCACAGAAGGAAAUACAUAGCUAUAUCAAUGCAGUUGGCAUUGUGCUUGCAGCUCUACCUGAGCCCUAUUGGUGCGGCAUUUACGAUCGACUGCAGGAGAUGCUUAAUACGCCCAACAUGCUGAACUGGACUUAUCGCUUCAAUGCCUUUGAGUUGUUCAAUUUCAAAACUGUGCGCGAGGCUAUGCUGGAGAAGAGCUAUGCUGUUGUCCUAGCUGUUGCUCACGCUGUCUUUCAUCAUAUGGGCGCAUUUAAGCUGUCGGCUAUAACUAGAAACAUUAAGGAGAAGCUUGCGCCUUGUGUGCGCACCGAGCAGCAGCUAAUUUAUCUUUGCCAUGUCUUUGGUCCGUUUCUCCAGCGCAUUGAGCUGGAGAAGCCCAACGCUAUAGCGGGCAUAGCGAUUUGCUUGUACGAAAUGCUCGAGACUGUAGAUAAACAUCAUGGACCUAAGCCCUUGGAAUAUAUGGAUCAGAUUUGUGAUUUUCUCUAUCACAUCAAGUAUAUACAUGUGGGUAAUAUAAUUAAAAAUGAAUCGGAGGCAAUUAUUAAACGUUUGCGUCCCUUGCUGCAAAUGCGGCUGCGUUUUAUAACUCAUCUCAAUCUGGAGGAUAUACAUACAGACAAAGGCGGCGCUGAUGCGAAUUCAAGUCUAACCACAACAACAACAACAGCAACAAAUGCAAAUCAAAUGUCGCAGCCGUCGCCACUGCCGGCAGCACAACAACAACAACAUCAGCAGCAGCAGCAACAACAACAGCAGCUACAACAGCAGCAGCAACAAGCAGCAACUGCUAUCAGCAGCAAUGUCAGCCCAGCAGUAGCACCAACAACUAGCUUGCCACUAGGCAGCGGUGGCGCCACUGCACAGCAACAAUUGUACUUGCAGCAUAUGCAGCAGCAGCAACAACAACAACAACAGCAGCAGCAGCAACAACAACAACAUAUGCAAAAUAUGGGCAUACGUCAUAACUAGUAUAAUUUAAGUUAAUUUAAG